AUGCCAAACGGUGCGAGUGUUGCUGGAGUCAGCUUAGGAGCAGGAGGAAGGGUGGGCAGGGUGGUGGGCGAGGGGAUGCCUCGGCAGCAGGGUGGAGGAGUGGGUAUUGGGGAGGAGGAGAGAGGAGGAGAGGGAGCAGGUGCAUCAAGGGAGGGAGCAGGAGCAAGUGGGGUUGUGGCCAGGGGAUUGGACCCAGGGCCUGGGCUCACCACAGCAGCCAUGGGAUGGAGAGGAGGGGCAUCAGGCACACUAGCACAGGCAUGGCACUUCCCCUUUAAAAUGGCACUGUUCACUCACUACCUCCCCUGUAAUCUGGGACUGCCUCGAAGUCAUGUGACUUGUGACUCUCUUGCUGUGGGUCCGCCCACGUGCGCAUGCACGCUGUAUGAGGAUGCGUCGGCGUACCUGCUGCUCGUGUCGCUGCCUCACUGCGACCUAUCCUGCCUCCGAGUCACGUGGCGCAACGACGGUGCUGCGGGGAUAGUCAAGAUCUCCUGUGCCGCCAUCUUCCCUCCGUCAUCCGUAUCUCACUCCGGCCGCACGUUCCGCCAAGUGUCACGCUCCCAUUGGCUGGGGGAGCACUGCCCUGUUGGCCCAUUUGAACGGGAGGUGCAGCUGCCCCAGCGCAUACCGGAGAAUGCUGACGUGGCAGCCAGUGUGUCAGCAGACGGGUGA